AUGCAUACCACAGGCCACCACACACUCUUCGCGGCCCUUGUGCGUCCACGGUCUGUGGCCGAUGUUAGCCACCCCUCUCUGGCUGUGUUUGAGGGUACGAAGGCGCAGGGGCCCAUUAACCAGCCCAGAGCGAUGGAAACAUGGAAACGUUCCGAGUUGGGUUUGGGUUUUACGGUUGGUGUGUUUCGAGCCGCACAGACGGGGCACGUCGCGGCCCGUCAGGACGGCUACGAGGGCUACGAGGGCCUGGAUGGCCUGGACGGUGAGCCAUGA